AUGCCCGACGUAUUGUUGGUCUCUCGACCUACUUAUCUCGGAACCUUUAUGAUGCUUUUGGUUCUGAACUCCUUCAUUUGGGCAUUCUGGAAGGUUAUAUUAUACCCCAAAUUUUUCUCCCCGUUAAGACAUUUGCCGUCUCCAAAGGGUGGUAGUUGGUGGAAUGGCCAAUACAGGCGAAUAUCAAGAGAGGCCACCGGCGCGCCUGCGCUGGACUGGAUCAAUAGCAUACCACACAAUGGUAUGCUGCGAUAUUUAGGUCCCCUGAACUCCGAGCGCCUCCUGGUAAUUUCUCCAAAAGCAAUCGGCGAGGUUCUUACCACCAAAAGCUACGAUUUCGUCAAGCCUGGACAAGUUCGCAACAUCUUGGCAAGGCUCCUAGGAGUUGGAGUCCUUUUGGCGGAGGGCGAGGAGCACAAAAUACAGAGGAAAAACCUCAUGCCUGCAUUUGCAUUCAGACACAUCAAGAACUUGUACCCAGUGUUUUGGGACAAAUCACGAGAGGCCGUGCUGGCUAUGACAGCAGUUGUGAAAGCUGAUUCAUCGAAGGAGGGAGAGUUGCAAGAUGCCAGGAAAGACACUGCAACCUCAAAAGAUACGGUCUUUGACGUGCUCGAAUGGGCUAGCAGAGCAACUUUAGACAUCAUCGGUGUCGCUGGCAUGGGUCAGGAUUUCGGUGCAAUUCGUGACCCCGACAACGCACUCAGUCGUACUUACAGGACAGUGUUCAAACCCACGCCUCAAGCACAGCUUCUUGGACUUCUGAAUCUCUUCCUACCAGCAUGGAUUGUGAGAAACCUCCCCGUUAAGAGGAAUGGCGAGAUCGAGGAAGCUGCGGGCAUUAUCAAGGCUACAUGCAGAAAGCUUAUCCGCUCUAAGAAGGAGAAAUUAGAGAAGAACGAGUUGACCGAUGUCGAUAUCCUCAGUGUAGCAUUAGAAAGUGGCGGCUUUACCGAGGAGAACCUUGUCGAUCAGCUCAUGACCUUUUUAGCUGCUGGACACGAAACGACGGCGACCGCGAUGACUUGGGCAAUAUACUUGCUCUGUCUGCAUCCAGAGGUGCAAACUCGCCUACGUCAAGAGAUCAGAGAGAAGCUCCCCAGCAUUGAAGAAGAUGUAAGUGUUGAUAGCCAGCAGAUCGACCACAUGCCCUACUUGAGCGCGGUCUGCAACGAAGUCCUUCGGUGUUACCCCCCUGUACCACUCACCCUCCGAGAAGCUGCGCAUGACACCACGAUUUGUGAUCAGUUCGUACCGAAAGGCACUCGAGUGACCCUCGUUCCCUGGGCCAUCAACAAAUAUGAAGCAAUAUGGGGACCAGACGCUAAAAAGUUCAACCCGGAACGCUGGAUGCCAUCCGAGGACAACCCACACAGUGCCAAUGGCGGCGCAUCAAGCAAUUAUGCAUUUUUGACUUUCUUGCAUGGGCCAAGGAGCUGUAUCGGAUUGGGAUUCGCCAAGUCGGAAUUUGCCUGCUUGCUGGCUGCGUGGAUCGGGAGAUUCGAAUUUUCUCUGAAUGAUGAGAGGGAAUAUGAUGAGAAGAAUAUGGUAAUCAAAGGGAAUGUUACGGCGAAGCCAGCAAAUGGCCUGCAUGUCAAAGCUAAGGUAGUUGAAGGAUGGUAA